CUCUUCGAAGUUAGAAGCCAUUUCUCAUAUAAAGUUAGUUCAUCCCUCCUGAUCCAGAACAAUGCUUGUUUGUAUAACCUAAACCUCUGUAUCUAAGAAACUAGCUAAAUCAAUGGCCAAUUUAACGCCGGCAGUUCUCCCAAUCUCUAAUUCUCAUUCCUCCACCGCCGUGGCUUCUUCCGACGCCGCCGCUGUUGGGCCCACACCGGCUUUCCGUGCCUUCAUAAACCACAUCACCGACACCGUACGCAACGGGCUCGCAAACCGCCGCCCUUGGCCCGAGCUUGUGGACCGCUCCGCCUUCGCAAAGCCGGAGUCCUUCUCUGACGCCACCGUCCGCGUCCGCAAAAACUAUGCGUACUUCAAGAUCAACUACCUGUCUCUCCUUGCCGCUGUACUUGGGUUCUCUCUUGUAACCAACCCGUUCUCCCUCAUCCUUCUCUCUGCACUUCUCGCAGCCUGGCUAUUCCUUUACCUCUUCCGCCCCUCCGAUCCCCCUCUCGUCCUUUUCGGUCGACAAUUCUCCGAACGCGAAACCCUGGGUGCGCUCCUUGUCUCCACCGUUUUCGUCAUUUUCCUCACAAGCGUCGGAUCUGUUUUGGUUUCCGCGUUGAUGAUUGGCGCCGCUAUUGUCUGCACCCACGCUGCUUUCAGGGUCCCUGAAGAUCUGUUCCUUGAUGAACAAGAUGCGCCUACAACUGGAUUUCUGUCUUUCUUGACUGGGGGUGCGGCGAAUGUAGCAGCCACUGUUGCUUCUCCUGCAGUUGCGGCCAGGGUUUGAUCAUAUAAUCCGAGAUCUGUAAAGCUCAAUGGCGGUCAUCUAUGGUAAAAAAAUCUGAAGCUGUUUUUUCGUAAAUUCAUGGACUUUUUAUAUACGCAUAUAUGUUUAGUACUUGAGAAAAAUGACAAAAACAUCAAAUUAUAUUGUUAGAUAUAUGCAUGGUUGGGACUAUCUGUCUUUUCUUAGAGAAACACUUGUAAUAUUACAAUGAUGGAUCUAUAAAUUUGUUAAUUUUGUUUUCGCCAAGUGAGGUAGGUCUUUGUUACGUAUAAGUUAUUAACUUUAUUACUGUAUUUCAUUUUUGUGUGUUCUGUUUUUGUUUUCUUGCAGAAUUUAUCUGCUAAAUAGCGAAACUUUUGUUAUCAUAAUCUUUA